AUGCAUGGAGCUUUGGCAAACUUCAAUGGAAAGAUGUGGUGCUUUUGGGACUCUAGUUACACUUGUACAGAGAUUUUCAAUCAUAAGCAGCAUCUUACUUUACCUAUCCAACAUAUUAGCUCUCUUGAAGUUUGUUGUGUAACUAUAGUGUAUGCAAAAUCUAAAUCAAGAAGAAGGAAGAAAUUAUGGGAAAGUUUGGAACAGAUGAAUAGUCAAUUUCAAGGGCCAUGGUCAAUUUUUGGAGAUUUUAACUGUAUUGUGAAUGCCAGAGAGAAAGAGGGGGAUCACAGGCUGAGGAAGGACUUAGAUUUCAUCAAUUGUAUGAAUGAAUAUGGUAUGUUAGAUACUGGGUAUUCUGGUAAUGACUUUACAUGGACAAAUAACAGAAGGAAGAUGAAGAGGAUUAGAGAGAGACUAGACAGAGUCUUUUAUAAUGAUGAAUGGUCUGCUACCUUUCCAUUAAUCAAUGUAAGACAUCUGCCUAGAACAGGCUCUGACCACAACAUGCUCCUUAUGACAUGCUCUAUAGAAGAUGUUCCUCCAAUCAAGUAUUUUAAUUUUUUGAGCUUCUGGACCGAGCAGAAAGAUUUUCAGAAGAUUGUGAAAGACUCAUGGGAUGAAGAGGUCAUAGUUAAUCCUAUGUGA